AUGGGACAUUUUAAUGUUGUUGUGGUGCUCCUCUGCAGCUCUGGCAGAGCACCCGCAGCAAGUGCAACAGCCAGUCUUCGAUCAAGCUACAAUUCCAUUAAACUCCUUCUUCUUGCGGGAAUAUGCGAGGGCAUUCCUGAUGCAAAGGGAGAAGAACUACUGCUUGGCGAUGUAGUCAUCAGUGAAACAGUCAUCGAGUAUGAUCUUGGCACUCAGUCAAAGAACACUAUAGAGAAGAUGCAUGGGCAUGCAAACAAAAACAUGCGAAGUUUUACUACAAAUAUUAAACCCGAAAGGGGAUAUGAGCUUUUGGAGGGCAAGGUUGCGUUUUUUCUACAGCAGAUUCAGGACCAUGCGUCAGAGCUAAAGUAUCGGCAGAGGCACAAGGCCACAACUUACAUGUACCCCGGCUCUGCCCACGAUAUUCUCUUCGAGCUAACCUAUCGCUACAGGCAUUACAACUCGUCACAAUGCGUGUGUGCCGGCUACAACCCGGAUGAGGAUUCCUAUGCGGUAUGUGACCAGUCAGUGGAUUUGAACUGCGAGCAGACUGGCUGCGAACUCAAAUCUAUGAAAACCCGAACUCGCCUACGCCAGAAGAAUAAGCUAGAGAAUGACGAGAAUUCCAUGUCUGCGAAUCCCACACAUCUUUCUUGGACGCUUUGGAUCCGGUGA